AGAGGCAUCCAUUUCGAUCAUCCUGCAAAGAAGGGAGUCACAUGGCUUGAGAGACCAAAAUCCAUCAUGCCACGCACAUACAAAAGGAAGACAGACAGGGUUUCAACUCCUCUUGAGGAGUUGGAAAGAGCAGUGAAAGAGGUGCAACAGGGGAAGACCAUACGUCAGGUUGGAAAGGAGAUGAAGAUCUGCAGGAUGACCAUAAAAAGACAUAUGGAUAAGAAAAAAAUAGGAGAAGUAACAAAGCCAGGCUAUGAAAGAACAGCAGUCGCCAAACGAGUCUUCAAUGAGAACAUGGAGAAAGAGCUGGCUGACCAUAUUAAGACACUAGCAGCAAUGUUUCAUGGCAUAGGUGUCAUGAAAUGCCGUGAACUGGCUUUUGAGUUCGCACAAAGAAAUAGCAUUGACAUGCCUGCCAGCUGGACCAGAGACGAAAAAGCAGGACCUGAUUGGUUCAACGCCUUUAAAAUGCAGACACCCAAGCAGGUUGUCACAGAAAAAGGGAAGAAACAAGUGGGUUCAGUAACAUCUGCUGAAAGAGGAGAGCUCGUCACUGUGGCCUGUGCAGUAAACGCCACUGGAAAUGCAGUCCCACCCAUGUUCAUUUUCCCGCGUGUCCGCUUCAAGGACAGCCUCCUCAAUGGAUCACCAGCAGGUUCCAUUGGUCAUUGUACAAAGUCUGGAUGGAUGAAUGAAGACGCCUUCCUCAUCUUCCUGAAGCACUUCAUCCGCCACACCAACUGCUCCACCGAUCACCCAGUCCUGCUCAUUCUGGACAACCAUGAGUCUCACAUCUCACUCAAGUCAGUGACAAUUGCUAAAGAGAAUGGGGUCAUUAUGCUCACCCUGCCACCUCAUACCUCACACCGCUUGCAACCAUUAGACAAAACUGUCUAUGGACCACUCAAAACCUAUUAUAACCGAGCGAUGGAUGGGUGGAUGCGAUCACAUCCUGGGCGAACCGUAUCAAUCUAUGAGGUCUCGGAACUUGUGAAGCAAGCGUUCCUCUCUGCAAUGUCACCAACAAACAUAACCUCAGGGUUCAGAGCAACAGGCAUAUACCCUUUCAACAGGGACAUCUUCCCGGAAGAAGACUAUGCACCAUCAAUGGUGACAGACAGGGCAAAUCCAGAAGAUGAACCCAGUGCCACUGCUGACCUGCCUGGAGAAGAGCCCUCCACCAGUGCAGCUGCUCACCUGCCUGGAGAAGAGCCCUCCACCAGUGCAGCUGCUCACCUGCCUGGACCAUCUCAUGAGCCAACACAUGUCACAGCAGAUCCAGACCCAGGAGAGCCACCUGCCACUCUGACAAAUCCCGAGCACUUAUCAAGUGACAAAUCUGGUUCUUCUGCUCACUUGGGUUAUGUGUCUCCAGAAGUCAUUCUUCCCUUGCCAAAAGCCACAGAAAGAAAAAAAAAAUGUGUAAGAAAGAAAGUGAAAACAAGAAUCGUGACCGACACACCUGAGAAGAUGGAGUUGGAGAAGGCUCACAAAGAAAAAGAAGAUAAAAAGGCUGAACAGGAAAAGAAAAAGAAUGAAAGAGAGAAGAAAAGGGCUCUGAAAGCUGCAAAUCAAACCAAAACCAAGAAGAAAACAGCUGUGUACAGUAGCUCAGAAGAAAGCUCCACCACCAAUGAUGAGGCAGAAGAUGGUCUGGAGAAGACACACAGCAGAGAAAAGGAACGGGCUGAGAAGAAGAAAAGGAGUGGAAAUAAGAAGGGGGCUCUGAAAGGGUCAAAACCAACCAAGCCCAAAAAGAAAGUGCUCUCCAGUAGCUCAGAAGAGAGUGACUUUCCGAUUCCACUUAGCGAUACCACUCAUUAUGAGAGUUCAGAUGUCCAGAGUGAUGAUGAUGAUGGUGACAAGGAUCUGUCUGCUGGUGACUUUGUCAUUGUGAAGUUUGCAGGUAAAAAAUCCAAAUGCUAUAACUAUGUUGGAUUGGUGGAGAAUGUUGAAGGUGACGAGAUCAGUGCAAAGUUUCUGAAGCAAAGUUAUAAGAGGUCUGUUGAUGGAAAGCCCAUCUUCACAUUUAGAGAGAAUGAUGAAGGAGUCAUCCCUAGAGGUGAUGUGCUCAAGAAACUACCCACACCACAAAAACUUGGUGGUACAGCCAGAAGGGAGUAUACAUUCACAUUCCCCUGCAGCAUUGACAAGUGGGAUGUUCAGUAGUAGGCCGAAUCUGUGAAGAGAUUCAGAUGCAGAUGAUUUGCUGCUCAUUUUUAAAGUGGCCUUUGAUGUUGUUAAAACUUUAAAUAAACAUUAAAUAAAUAAUUUUGUAUUGAA